CGACGUUUACGACACAGGGGAGGAUGUUUGGCGGUUCGUCUUCAGUCGAUUACGGACCGUCAACAGGAUCGGACCGUCGCGAUCUUAGUGCGAGUUGAUGUGAACAAACUAUCCAACCUUUGAUUUCAUCUUCAGCACCAACGGGAAUAUCUCUCACUGCAUUGUGACGUAUACGCAUUACAAGAGAACUGUAAUAUUCGAUACGUUCAAUCAAUGGAUUUCCUCUAGACAUCAAUCGGUUUCACAAUCAAACUUUUGUCACACUGAGUCGAGUCCCGUAGAAUCAGCAAAAGGAACUGACUGUUUCUGUUAUCUGCCUGCCGGAGCUCAUCAACUAGACGUAAGUGUACGCAGCAUCACAUAGAACUGAUAUGGCUGAUGAACGAUUAAGGCCGAUCGGACGUGGUGGUCCGAUGGGCCGGGGCUCGCUUCUGGAUAUGUUGAAAAAACAGAACAGCAGAGGAGAUGCUCCCAUUCCACCUCCAAGUCUCACGCCAGUUGCCGUUUCUAGUCCACUAACUUCGGCCCCAACUUUGGGUCGUGGUCGUGCUGCGCUCUUACAGCUCGUUAAAAAAUCGCCUGAAGGGCCAGUUCAAACUGUUCCAAGUUUUGAACCAGCCCCAAUAUCGACAAUUUCUCAGCAACCUGCAUCAGCUCAAACAUUACCAAUAUCUGAGCAACUUCCACAAGCUCGCGGCAGAGCGUCACUUCUUGGUUUGAUGAAAAAGCCAAUGCCGUUUCAAGGGACGUCGCAAGCUUCAAUGCAAUACACCCCUCCAGGACCCUCGGGUGACUUACCAAGUCGGGCGAUUAGUGCAAUGUCUAAUCUGACAAUUACUGAGUCUGUUGCUGAAUCUGAGCCAAUAUCACGGAAAGGUGUAAGCGGCACAAUAGUUAAUUUGAGUGCCAAUUAUAUACGCCUGAACGUGGACCAAGGUAGAGGUGUACAUGAGUAUGAAGUCAAGUAUUCUCCUGACCUGGAUUCACGUCCUUUACGAAGUAAAUUGUUGUACCAACAUUCAGUGACCCUUGGUGAAGCCAAAAUAUUCAAUGGAGUAACUUUACACCUCGCCCAGCCAUUACCACAAAAUAGGACAGAGCUGCAAUCACAACACCCGAUGGAUGGGUCUAUCGUAAAGCUAACGAUAAUUUUCAAGAAACAGCGUCGACUCGGUGAACUCCCCGGACUAUUCAAUGUUUUAUUCAAGCGUGUAAUGUAUGCCCUGGAUUUGGUACAAAUUGGCCAAAAGCAUUUCAACUCCAGGGCAGCUCAUUCUGUGCCCCAGCAUAGGCUGGAAUUGUGGCCAGGAUACGUUACUGCCAUUGACGAAUAUGAGGGUGGCCUUCAACUUUGUCUUGAGAGCACUCAUAGAGUCUUGCGCACAGAAACUGUGCGUGAUCUCAUCAACCAAGUGUAUACCAAACAUUCGUCUGGUCAUUUUCGAGAUGCAGUUAUGAAAGAAUUAAUGGGUGUAUCCGUAUUAACCCGUUAUAACAACAAAGUUUAUCGUAUUGAUGAUAUAAAUUGGGAUGAAAAUCCUCUUAAAGAGUUUACUUUGAGCAAAGAUCCACAAAGCAAAAUGAGCCUUUACCAGUAUUACAAGAAUCACUGGAAUAUUGAAAUCAGAGACCAAAAGCAACCUCUCCUGAUACAUAGAGCAAAAAAAAGACUCCCCUCUGGCGAGCAAGUUGAGGAAAUUCUUGACUUGAUACCAGAGUUGUGCUACCUGUCCGGCCUCACUGAGUCUAUGCGACAAGAUUUUAAAGUGAUGAAAGACGUAUCAGAAGUGACCAGAAUAUCACCUGAGCACCGUGUUAAUGUUGCUCACCGGUUUGUUCAAGAAGUAAAGAAAAAUGAAAUUGCUCGCAAAUUGUUAGCCAGCUGGGGAUUGAACUUGGCUGAUCACGUCGUUGACCUUCCUGGAAGAGUCUUAGCAGCAGAGACAAUUUUCUUCGGAAAUAACAAACUAGUCAAAGGUUCGGCUAAUGCUGAUUGGAACAGUGCUGCAUGUCGUUUACCAAUGCUGAGUACACCUGGUCUAAAAAAUUGGUGUCUCAUUUACUGCCAAAGAGAUUCCAAGUCAGCAGAAGACUUCGGCCAGAUGUUCCCAAAGGUCAGUGAGGCCAUGGGAAUGCAAGUUUCUAGUGGCCGUCUAAUUAAGCUAAGAGAUGAUCGAACCGAAACUUUCCUAAGAGAGUUAAGACAAAAUAUUGCCCCGCAAAUGGAAAUUAUGGUUAUUGUGUUUCCUACACUUCGCAAUGAUAGAUAUGCAGCUGUCAAAAAACUUUGCUGUGUUGAAAUGCCAAUUGCAUCUCAAGUGAUAAUUUCUAGAACAAUAAAUCGUCCAGACAAGCUCAAAAGUGUUACCCAGAAAAUUGCCUUGCAAAUAAAUUGCAAGCUUGGUGGCACUCUAUGGGCCUUAAAAUCACCCAUGGAUAAUGUUAUGGUCUGUGGGAUUGAUAUACAUCAUGCAGGUGCCGGCCAGAGCAAACAUGGAAGUGUUGCUGGUUUUGUGGCCAGUCUUGAUAAACCUUUCACACGAUGGUUCAGCAAAGUUUGUCUGCACAGACCUAAUCAAGAGUUAAUUGACGCUCUAAAAGUGUGCCUGAUUUCUGCAUUGAAGGUUUAUUUCAAGGUUAAUCAGCGUUUUCCUACUCGAAUAAUAAUAUAUCGUGAUGGUGUGGGCGAUGGUCAAUUGGAGGUUGUCAAAAAUUUUGAAGUGAAGCAACUGGAAGAAUCCUUUGUGUUGAUUGCCCCAGACUAUAAGCCCACGCUUACUGUCAUCAUCGUACAAAAGAGGAUCAAUACAAAAAUUUUCUUGAACGAGGGAAACCGUUUGGCUAAUCCUCCCCCUGGAACAGUGGUGGACCACACAAUAACACGUCGUAACUAUUACGACUUUUUCUUAGUUAGUCAAAACGUUCGUCAAGGUACCGUUUCACCAACUCACUACUUGGUUAUUCAUGACACAAGUGAUAUGAAGGCUGAUUAUGUGCAAAGACUGAGCUUUAAACUCUGCCACAUGUACUACAACUGGCCAGGUACCAUUAGAGUACCUGCCCCUUGUCAAUACGCGCACAAACUUGCGUUUCUAGUCGGUCAGAGUAUACAAAUGGAUCCUGCCCAAAUGUUGGCAGAAAAACUUUUUUAUCUGUAGGAACUUGCGCCGUUUUCUCGAGUACAGAGUAAUUGGCGCAGUUACCCACGUGGGAUACACGUGAAAACAAAGUUCAUUAGAUUUUUAAGACUGUUUUUCAGACUAUCGUAUACACGAUGACCCAAGCAUCCUUGAAGCAUCGGCUUUUCUAUUCAGAUAAUCCGCGUCUUCCUUCAGUAGACUACGAAUUCGUUCGGUAAUGAAUUUUAAUGCAGUAUUAACUGAAAACUAUCAAUGUUUCAAUUUAUAUAAAAAAAUUUCGUUACCAGCUCAUGUCUACAAUACAGGACAGAGCCUUUUUGUCAGUCAGACAAGACCAUUACGUGUUGCAUAAAUACGUAAAGCUAAACUACAAGUGGUUCGUUUUUUUUUCCGUUUUUGUUAUUAAUAAUUUUACUAUUAUUUAAGAACGAGAUCAUGUCGUUAUGGCAUACAAUAUGUGAGUGUCAUGUAUGCCACUUACAGAUUCUUUCUACUGUCGAUAUAUUUGUGUUUAACAUUCGAUUCUUAAAAAAAAAAACAAGCCAUGAUAAAGCUUCAAGGCGAAAAUCUAGCAUUUCUAAUCACUAUAUAAUACUCACAAAAAAAUUGAUUUAAGUCAAAUUUGUUAUAGUACCUAAACUAGGAUAACUUGAAGAAAGUUCUGUUGUAUUCAUCAAUUAAUUUUAUUUCUCCAACCUCGACACGUGUCGGAUAAACCUAGAUAACAUUAAUAUGCUAUACCAAAUAUUAUGGAUAUAUCUAAUUGUUGUUACCCAACGCUAAAGCUGUGACUAAAAUCGUUGAUAAGGUCUUACUUAUCUUGAUAUGUCUUCAGAGCUAGGAUAAAGAUAUAAUGUUAGUAUUACGAAUUAAUCGUGAACGUAAUUACUAUUUCCUCGUUUGAAUUAAUUGUUAUCAAAGAGUUAUAUUAUUUCACAACUUUUAUAAUAAUGUAGAAACAAAGAAUCUCCAUUAUUAAAACUCUAAAGAAAGCUAAUUUUCGGUAUGAAGUGAUAAUCCAAUUUUCUUUGCUCGCGAAAAUAUAUUCUAUGUAGAACUCUUUUUUAUACAAAUAAAUUAAUGCAUACUAAUUUUAUUGUACCCAAUUCCUUACACAUGCGUAUAAUGUUUCAAAGAUUAGAAAGUAUUUUCAAAAACAAGAUAAUUAAGGGGUCUGACUGAGCCUG